AUGGCGCUCGCUCACUUCCUCGGAGUGGCAUUGCCGCUACUCCUCCUCCUCGGUGCAGCAGAGGCCGGCGGCGAGGUGGGCGUGAACUACGGGAGGGUGGCCAACGACCUGCCGGACCCGGCGUCGGUGGUGCAGCUGCUCAAGCAGAACGGCAUCACCAUGGAGCUGGCCGCCGCGGCCUCCGACCCAUCCUACGCGCUCCGGUGGGCGCGGAGCAACGUGGCGGCGUACCACCCGGCCACGCGCAUCCACGGCGUCGCCGUGGGCAACGAGGUGUUCGACUCGAGGCCGGACCUGAACGCGGACCUCGUCCGGGCCAUGGCCAACGUGCACGACGCGCUGGCUCAGCUGGGCCUGGCCGACGCCGUGGAGGUGUCCACGCCGGUCGCCUUCUCGGUGGUCACGGACUCGUACCCGCCGUCCGCGGGCAGGUUCCGGGACGACGUCGCGCAGAGCGUGAUGAAGCCCAUGCUCGGCUUCCUGCAGAGGACGGGCUCCUACCUCACCAUCAAUAUCUACCCAUACUUGGCGUACGCCGAGCAUCCCGACCAAAUCUCCCUCGACUACGCCCUGGGGAACUCGAACCCCGAAGUGCGCGUCGACGACGACGACACGGCCGGCCUCACGCUCGACGACGACGACGGCUGCGGCGUCACUUUGAAAGCACACGUUGGGGAGACUGGGCAUCCGUCGGGCGGAAGACCCAAACCCGGCCGGAGGCCGCCACGCGGAGGCCGGAGGCAUUUGAUGGCCGGGGACGACGGGUACCCCGUUGCCUCGGUAGCCAAUGCCCAUGCGUACGUCAACAACGUCAUCAACCGCGUGCUGUCCGGCAACACAGGCACCCCGCACCGGCCCGACGCGGACAUGGACGUCUACAUCUUCGCGCUUUUCAAUGAGAACCAGAAAGGUGACGGGCCGGACGACAUCGAGCAGAACUUCGGGCUGUUCUACCCGAACGAGCAGAAUGUGUACGAAUUCGACUUCCACCACGGUGGUGGCGGUGGCGGCGGCGGCGGUGGCGGCGCGAAGGCGAGCUGGCGGCUCUGGACUACGCGUGCGGCCACGGUGCCGACUGCGGCGCCAUCCAGCCCGGCCGGACGUGCUUCCAGCCGGACACCAAGGCCGCCCACGCCUCGUACGCGUUCAACGACUACUACCAGCGCAAGGGUCGGGCAAGCGGGACGUGCGACUUCGCCGGCGCUGCUUCCGUUGUCUACCAGGAACCAGCCGGCGGCGCUGGACUACGCGUGCGGCCACGGCGCGGACUGCAGCGCCAUCCAGCCCGGUGCCACGUGCUUCGAACCCAACACCAAGGCCGCGCACGCCUCGCAUGCCUUCAACAGCUACUACCAGCGCAAUGGCCGGGCCAGCGAUACCUGCGACUUCGCCGGCGCUGCCUCCGUUGUCCACCAGGCGCCAAAGAUCGGAAACUGCAUGCUCCCAUCGAGGGCAUGA